GAAAGCGGAUCUGGGUCUCCUGAUUUGAGUGAUUUCCUCUGCUCGACCCAUAUAUCUAUGUACGUUGGCCAUACGAAGUCUGAUUUCCGUAGUGUUAGGGUCAUGAGCAAAAACUAAGCAUCGAAAGAAAGCUGCGGUUGAAGUCUGCUGGUGUUCAGAGCCGCUGCAUACAGGUCGCCGGUUGUCGUCAAACUCACUCCGUCAGACGUGCAUCAAGAGACACUCUCUCAUAUGUUCUCCACUUUGAAAAUAUAGGUUCCAAACAACGUUCUGGCCAAGGAUUCUCCUACAAUCAAGCUAGUAUUAAAGCAGUGGGUUCAGACCCCGUCAUUUUAUCCCUGCGGUUAUGUUUUCGUCAAAGAACUAUACCAUCCAGCCUUAUUAUGAUGGCGCAAUGGCAUGGUGGAUUACUAAUGAACGACCAUGGCCGAACUAUAAUGCAGGGGACGUGAUUCCACUGAGCGAUGAGCUCAAGAUCCAAUUUCGAUUUUACAAGCAAACCAUACAUCUAUUUGACACUGUUAAAGAAGAAUACAACUUACUCCACAGUGAAAAGAUUAUUACGAUCCAUCCUUCCGAGCUACGUAAUGAAGAUACUGCUAGUAUUAUGCAAUCUCCUUCAAUGCGUAUGAUCAAGCAGAUUAUUGACACCGAAAUUCCUUCAUCAGAAAAGUCAGUGCGGCUUGAAGUUGAGGAAGGUAUACUUCGAAUUGUUCAGAACCCAAGUACACCCUUCUUAGUGCCUCCUAACCAUAGGAUUUUUGUUAAUGCAAUUGAUGGGAUUAAGAUAUUGCAUGAUGCUAGUGAGAAGAGUUCGAAACGGAGAGUACAUGAUCAUUUGGAAGCUGCGCGAUGCUCAACAUGUCCUAUUUGUAUGGACGAGAUAAAGCUUAAUAAACCUAGUCGAUUGCCUUGCUUGCACUUGUUUCAUCACUGGUGCGUUGCUAAGUGGCUGGAGAUCAAGCACGAAUGCCCCUAUUGCCGAAGUCCAGUACCUCAUGAAUUUGUUACAUGGUUUUAAUACUUGGUUGCAACCGACUUCAGCCAUUGAGCUUGAACUCAAAGCAGUGGAGGUCCACAUUAUAUUAUAUUAUUGAUGAGAGUUGGGAUAGGCCUACAAUUGUCUUUGGUGACCACGUGACAGUUUACACUUUACACACUAAUAAUUGAAGAUUAUAAACUAAAGUUUUUAUU